AUGUGGAUUUCCACCAUUGGGGUUCAGAGGGGCCUCACCGCCAGCCAACGAUCUCCAGAGGCAGUGUUUCUCGUGGGCACAGACCUGGACAACAGCCAAACUCAGAAAACUCACUACUGCAGAUGCAGCAGCAGGGGAACCAGCUCGCCAAGACAUGACAAACAGCUCAAAGCACUUCGCGUCGCUACCUGGGGACCGAUCAGAGACAGGAGGAAGCUGCAGCUGGGAGGCGUCUGUUCACCGACUUCCGCCUGCGCUCAAUUACGCGUUCCAGAAAUCCGCGUGAAGCGGCUACGAAGGAGCGCUGUGGACGUGGGCCCGCGUUGA